AUGGCCGCAGAUGCGUUGCAAAGGAAGGCUCUGAGAUACCACCAGACCCUGCUUUAUGGGGAGUACAAUGAGCCCCCAGAAGGGUCCCGUCAGCAAGAGCUGACACGCCAGCUGACAGAGAAACAGCUGGAGAAGCAGCAUCAUCAUGGGCACCAACACUAUGGACAUCAUGGACACCAUGGACAUCAUGGACACCAUCGGCACAGCCAUGGCCGUCAUCACAAUCGGCACUACCUGAAGAUGGAGAUUGGAAGUAUUCGUGAAAGACAAGAACCAGAGCAAACGCCCUCCAUAAAGAAACGACGCUCCUACUCCAAGUGCAAAGACUGUGUGGCUCGAGUACAGAAGUUUCUGAUAACUAAAUUAGGAGAAGACUGGAUUUUCUUAGUGCUCCUGGGUAUUUCUAUGGCAUUAGUAAGCUGGACCAUGGACUAUGCCAGCGCUAAAAGCCUAGAAGCUUAUAAGUGGAUGUAUGGGAAUUUGAGGGGGAAUGUUCCAUUGCAAUUCUUGGUCUGGGUCUCUUAUCCCAUGGUGCUCAUCUUGUUCGCCUCCUUCUUCUGUCACUUAGUUGCUCCUCAAGCAAUCGGGUCUGGCAUCCCAGAGAUGAAGACCAUUCUUAGAGGAGUCAUGUUAAAAGAGUACCUCACCUUAAAGGCAUUUGCAGCAAAAGCUGUUGGCCUUACUGCUGGACUAGGAAGUGGACUGCCAGUAGGCAAAGAGGGUCCUUUUGUACACAUAGCCAGUAUUUGUGCGGCUGCGCUGAGCAAGUUUAUGUCUUUAUUUUCUGGGGUUUAUCAGAGCCCAUAUUGCUACACUGAUAUCCUUACAGUUGGUUGUGCUGUGGGGGUAGGCUGCUGUUUUGGUACCCCACUUGGAGGAGUACUCUUCAGCAUUGAGGUGACAUCAACAUACUUUGCAGUGAGGAACUACUGGAGGGGCUACUUUGCUGCUACGUUUAGUGCCUUCAUAUUCAGGGUGCUUUCAGUGUUCAAUAAAGAUGCAGUCACCAUCACUGCUCUCUUCCGCACCAAAUUCCGCAUGGACUUCCCUUUUGACCUGCAGGAGCUGCCAGCAUUCGCCAUCAUUGGAAUUUCUUGUGGGUUUCUUGGAGCUUUCUUCGUCUACUUGAACCGACAGGUCGUCCUGUUCAUGAGAAGACCCAACGCCCUCACACGCUUUUUAACCAAACACCGAAUGAUUUACCCGGGUGUUGUAACUUUACUGAUCACAACGUUGACAUUCCCUCCAGGAUUUGGACAGUUCAUGGCAGGAGAGCUGAUGCCCAGAGAGGCCAUCAAUUCUCUGUUUGAUAAUUUUACCUGGACGAAAAUAUGGGGCUCUCCCGCACCCCCUGGUUUGGGACGAACCUCUGCCUGGCUUCAUCCAGAUGUGAAUGUCUUUAUUAUACUUCUUCUCUUCUUCAUCAUGAAAUUCUGGAUGUCUGCUGUUUCUACAACGAUGCCCAUCCCCUCUGGGGCAUUCAUGCCCGUGUUUGUACUCGGUGCAGCAUUUGGUCGCCUUGUGGGGGAGAUCAUGGCGGCCCUGUUCCCUCAUGGCAUUCUCUUUGAUGGCAUCCUUUACCAGAUCAUCCCUGGAGGGUAUGCUGUAAUUGGUGCAGCCGCACUGACCGGGGCAGUCACUCAUACAGUAUCUACUGCAGUGAUUUGUUUUGAGCUGACUGGGCAGAUCUCUCACAUUUUACCCAUGAUGGUAGCUGUUAUUCUGGCCAACAUGGUGGCACAGGGGCUUCAACCUUCACUUUAUGACUCAAUCAUCCAAGUCAAGAAGUUGCCCUACCUCCCCGAGCUGGGCUUUGGUCAUAUGAGUCAGUAUAACAUUUUUGUUGAAGACAUCAUGGUGAGGAAAGUGAAGUUUCUGUGCUCACAUUCCACAUGCACAGAAGUGCUACAUCUACUAGACUCUUGUUCACUCAAAAACUUUCCUCUGGUGGAUUCAAAAGAAUCAAUGAUCCUGUUGGGAAGUAUUGAACGCUCCGAGCUUCUUGCCCUGUGUGAGUGGUGGUUAUCAGCAGACAGGCGGAUCCUCGUGCAUGCACAGGGUGUGCAAGGGCAAGGGGUCUUUCCCAAGGCCAGCUGGGAGUCCUUUGCUUUCGUGGAUGAAGAAGGAGAAGAGAGUGGUGAUGAUAAGAGUUCGCCCACUCACGAGGAAAGAAAUGGCCCCUUACCUUCAUCUAAACCACCAGAGCCCUCCACCAAUCACACCCCUCCUGAUAAAGGUCCUAUCCAGUCUUUCAGAAAAUCUCUGUACAACUUCUUUUCCUCCGCUUCACAACGACAAGCAGAAGGACAGACAAAGGAGUCAACUCAUCCCUUUACUGAUACAAUGACAGCAGAAGAGAUUAAAGCAUGGGAGGAGGCUGAGAUAGACAAGCCACUGGAACUUGAUCGAAUCAAAAUAGAUCCUUCGCCUUUCCAGCUGGUGGAGAGAACAUCACUGCACAAGACGCAUACAUUGUUCUCCUUACUGGGGCUCAGUCAUGCUUAUGUGACCAGCAUAGGCAAGUUAGUGGGAGUUGUGGCCCUGAAAGAGCUUCAGAAGGCCAUUGAAGGCUCGACACGCAGCGGUGUUCACCUGCGCCCCCCUCUGGCCAGUUUCCGCGACACCCUCCGCAAUUUGUCCAAAUCAGCCCCAGCACCUUCAGCCACAUCCUCCCCCAUGUCCUCCACUUCCCCCGUCUCCAGCCAGCUCUCAGCGCCAGCGGCCCCACAGAUCCCCACCCCGGCUCCUCCACCACCUGUCAAGAAGCAGGAAGAGAUGGAGGUAUGGAUUGAAGGAGUGAAACGGGAUGUAGUGGUGGAAACUAACAGCUCAAGUACAGGAAGCAGUAGUGGCAGCGAGUCAGAAAGCAGCAGUGGGACAGGAAGUCCUAACAGCAGCCCAGCUCUAGGUCCUACCUCUCGUCCGUCCGGCAAUCCCUCAACCCCGAUACCUGUUCCUGAGAACGAGAAAGACGGUGAGGAAGAGAGCGAGGACGAGGAACCUGUAUAACAGCUGUGAAUAACAGCUGGAUUCUUUGCUUUGUUUUUAUACAGUACAAUGGUUUAAUGUAUUUUAUUCUGCUUUUAUUUUCAUUUUUAUUUUAAACCACUGUGGUAUUGCUUUGGA